AUGGCUGCCGAAACUAAAGCUCAAUCUGCCAAGAAGGGUGCCUUGAAAGGUUCAUACUCUUCGAAAGCCCUAAAGGUGAGACACUCUACCACUUUCAGAUUGCCAAAGACUUUGAAAUUGGCAAGAUCUCCAAAGUACACCAAGUCUGUUCCUCACUACCCAAGAUUAGAUGCUCAGACUGUGAUUCAGCAACCUAUCACAUCAGAAACUGCCAUGAAGAAGGUCGAAGAUGCUAACACACUUGUGUUCCAGGUUUCCAUUAAGGCUAACAAGUACCAAAUUAAGCAGGCUGUUAAAGAACUAUAUGAGGUUGAGGCUCUCAAGGUUAAUACCUUGAUCAGACCAAACGGAACCAAGAAGGCUUACAUCAAGUUGACUUCUGACUACGACGCUUUGGACAUUGCCAACAAGAUCGGUUACAUCUGA